CAUCGCAAAUCUCCAGAGGUAUUGGCUAAGUACUCCUUUUGGGGCUAUAUGGAGACAUUGGCACCAGUAGUGCGAUUCGGUAACUUUUUUAACGACAUUCGCAGUGGCUAAUUUAGCUAAAAGAUAAUUAUAAAGAUUUUUCUAUUCAAUAAGUACUUUCUUAUCGAUAUUCGCUAAGUCAAAAUCAGCUGUUUCGUUAACGAUUCGUUUAUGGUUAAGUUAUCGACAUCUCAUUUGGUGUUGUUAAGUUUGCGUUAACCAAACGAAUUUGCGCGCAAGUAAAUCCAAAGUGAAUUUAUAUAAAAGAAAUGGCGUUUGAAUAUGUGGCGUUUAGUUUACACCGAAACUAUGGAGUCAGAAAUACCCCCACAGUGGAUCGGCGUUUGCUCCGGGCCAAUCACGAUCCAUUUGAGCUGGCGCCUUCCGAGUUCCGGAAGCUAUAUCGUGUGGGCCCAGAGACUGCAAUGGAGCUCAUCCAGCGGCUGGAAAUCCAAUUGAAAGGAAAAAGUAUUACCUCAAUAUCGGCGGACAAACAGGUUUUGUGUACACUACGCUUCUACGCCACAGGAUGCUACCAACGGCCUGUAGGGGCACAGUGGGGCAUAUCAAUGAGCCAAUCAUCUAUAAGCCGUCGUAUACAUCGCGUAACUGAUGGCAUAAACAGUGGACUAUUUUUUGAGAGGUUAAGUUCCCUAUGA